GGAGGAGUAAUCAGCGGGAGAGAAUUUGUAAAGGCAACAGAUAGAAAUCAACUUAGAAUAGAGACGGACUAUCAUCGCCCAGAAAAAUGACGAAUGUUAACACCACUUCCAAUUCAAGUCAACCAGUUGGGGUGGAUAGGGCUAGCAAAUACAUUGCUAUAGCCUCUGUGGUCAUCUACUCCGUGGUAUUACUGCUUGGUACUCUGGGCAACGGUUUGGUCAUCUACGUGACGGGCUGCAGAAUGAAGAGAACAGUCAAUUCAGUUUGGUUUCUCAACCUCGCCGUGGCUGACUUCCUCCUCACAGCCUUCCUGAUUUUCUCAAUCGUUAGUUUCUCUCAGGAGUACCACUGGCCUUUUGGACAUUUCAUGUGCAAGCUCAACAACUUUGUGAGUGUAGUCAGCAUGUUUGCCAGUAUUUUUCUUCUGAUGACCAUAAGUCUGGAUCGUUGCCUGUCCAUCUGGGUGGUGGUGUGGGCACAAAACAAGCGCACCGUUCGCAAAGCUCAGCUCAUAACUGCUGUUAUCUGGGUGACCUCUGUGGUCUUCAGCAUCCCUUAUGCCUAUUUUCGUGACCUUAUUCUACAUAAUGGGAGGAUACACUGUACUUAUGAGUUUAGGACACCAAAAUGGAGUCUCGGCAUUUUUCGCUUUUUUGCGGGCUUCGCCAUCCCAUUCCUGGUAAUAUGUGUCUCUUAUGUGGCCAUAGGUGUUCGUGCAGGGCGCCUGCACAGAACAAGGAGACAUAGAUCUAACCGAAUUAUUCUUUCUGUUGUUUUUGCGUUUUUCAUCUGCUGGUUGCCUUUCCAUGUUAUACAUUUUAUGGACAUAAACUCGAGGAGUAAUCCAGGUCUCAUUGUUCAGAUUGGAGGUCCUCUAAGUCUUUGUCUUGCUUUUAUGAACAGCUGCCUGAACCCCAUUCUCUAUGUUUUCAUGUGUGAUGAAUUCCAGAAGAAGCUCAAGCAGUCCGUAUGCUUUGUCCUAGAGAGUGCCCUAGCAGAGGACCACUUGUCAUUUAUGUCCUCUCGCUCCUUGUCCUCACAACUCUCACGGAUUUCCCGGAAGUCUGAAUUUUCUGGACCUUCAGAGAGGAAAGACACAGCAGCUUUCUUAAUCUUCACAGAAAGCAAAGUGGUCACUGGGGAGAGAGAGACACUGAGCACUGAGUAAGACCAUCUCAUCUGGGAGGCUAUGUACAAUGUUAUGAAUCCACUUUUUUUGUUUUUUAAACCACAUUUUUAAUCAGUUAUGAGAAAAGUACAAUUUGAAACUGGCAUCUCAGAUUUAUUCAGGCAGUACAUCUGUGCACAGAGGAAAAUGAGCAGAACAUUUGCAUUGUGUGAUUUUAAUGUUUUUUUUUACAUUAAAGUGUGUAGUUACUAACAGGAGUUUUCACUUCUGGCUGAUGAGACAUUGCCUCUAAUACCUGUUACUUUUGUUUCACCUGUUACAACUUCCAAUAUAUUUCUUACUAGCACAUGUAGUUUGAUGACAUCACAUAGCCCCCAAUAUGUUGAUUAGGCAGAAUAACUGAUAACGCACUAAUAAGUUUGCUUCUGCUUUUUUUCUGAUUUAUUCAAAGAAAAUGAAACAUUAAAAGUGAAUUCUUUUUUACUACCAGAUAUGGAACUGUCUGUAACUAAUUUUGUACAGAGACCAGUUUUAUGUUUUUGUUGAUGUUUGUAAGCUUUUGAUGCUCCAGCUUAUUUACCCUUGCUAACUGUCCAUAGCAGCAUCCAUGAUAGUGUCACACAAGACUGAACUGUAAUAACUGAGCUUUAUGCAUUUCCAUGCAGUGA